UGAGCUGUGGUUAGCCAGCUAGCCUGUUUGUGCUCGCAGGGACUGUUAAUCGGUGAUGUCGAUGGGUGUGAUCCUGCUUUAGCUCUACGAUACCUUUGUAAUAUACCCGCCGGCAAAGGGGAGAAAUUCCAGGAGAAGGAAAUCUAGCUGACUCUCAGCCGGGGGAGGGUGACGCUAACUAGCUGCAUCCCUGGACAGCUCUUUUUGGGCGUUAAACAUUCUGUGGGGGGAACCGAGGAUACGUCGAAUAGUCGAAAACCCCAACCACUGCGAUGGCGAGAGACUACGAUUACCUCUUUAAGCUCCUCAUUAUCGGUGACAGCGGUGUGGGGAAAAGCAGUCUGCUGCUCAGGUUCGCCGACAACACAUUUUCAGGUAGCUACAUCACCACAAUUGGCGUGGAUUUUAAGAUCCGGACAGUGGAGAUCAACGGCGAGAAGGUGAAGCUGCAGAUCUGGGACACAGCUGGACAGGAACGCUUCCGCACGAUCACCUCCACAUACUACAGAGGGACGCACGGGGUGAUCGUGGUCUAUGAUGUCACCAGCGCAGAGUCAUUCGUCAAUGUCAAGCGGUGGCUCCACGAAAUCAACCAGAACUGUGAUGAUGUCUGUCGAAUAUUAGUGGGCAACAAGAAUGACGACCCGAACUCCAAAGUAGUGGAGACGGCCGACGCGCAGAAGUUUGCUGAGCAGAUGGACAUCAGGCUGUUCGAGACCAGUGCCAAGGAGAACAUCAACGUAGAGGAUAUGUUUAACUGCAUCACAGAGCUAGUGUUGAAGGCCCGGAAAGAGUCGGUCGCCAAGCAACAGCAGCAGCAGCAGAGCGAAGUGGUGAAACUCAGCAAGAACAGCAAACGCAAGAAAAAGUGCUGCUGACAGACUGGACCCUUAUCACACUCUUAUCACCCAUGCACAUGUACAUACACACACACACACACACACACACACAGACACAUGCUUACAUACACACAACAGACAAACACAGCCAUCAUUGAACUGACAGAGAGGGAGAGAAACUAGGAAAGAAUAAUCUGACGCCAACCCCCAGAGACGGACUCCACUCAGAAAAAAAAGAGAAGAAAUAUAUCUAUUUAGAGAUUUAAUCAAAGAAAAGAAAGAAAAAAAGAAACAUGGACUUUUGGGAUCUUAAGGACAUGUGCAAACUCAAAUGUACAGUUUUUAAUCAGGACGGAAACAAACGGCGCAUCUCCCCGUCUCCAGGGGAACCAUCGCCGCGGCGACCGUCAGAUUUUUAUGGAGAUAAAAAAUUAUAUAUAUUUUUUCUGUUCUUGCAUUCGCAUUCAAACUCCCCCACCCCAUCCCUUACAGCAUGCUUCCCUACCUUCUCUCUCCCUGUUAUAAGGAGAGUUGAAGACAUCUGGCCUAUUUUUUUUUUGUUUUAUAAAUUCCCUCUGAAUGCAAAGUUCCAGCAGAGAGACGUCUGUGAUCCAAGUCAACUAUGUCAGAGUGGACUGUGCUGAAACAAACAAUUAUGAAGACGAUGGCAGCAGCCAGCUGAAAAGUGCUCGUGUCGGAAUUCAUAUCGGCAAAACGGAUCCAACAGACCAGCCAACAAGAAAUCUGCCAUUCUCCUACUUCUUAAUGUUUAUUAUUGGAGCCCCCAGUCCUGUCGCCAGUUUUGCUCCCCCUUGUGUUUUGGUGAUUUUUACACUUUAAAUGAAGACAAACUAUCUGUGGCCACCAUGGACCAAUCUCACUCCACCCCCCCACCCCUUGCCCCACUCUCCCUGCCAAUCUCUCAGAGAGAAAGUUAUGCCUUUUUUUUUUUGUUCUAUCUUUUCUUUUUGUAAAUUUGUAUUUUUUUACUAACAAACUACACCACUGUAAAAAAAAAAGCUAUCAAAAAAACAAAACAAAUGUGCUUAGAGAUGAAAAGGUGUUAAGGGUCUAAGCCUGUCUUGGACUACUGCCACAGAAUCAGACCUUGGAGCCAGUAGUAGAGUCGCACCAGAACUUUACUGUCAAACCCAAGACAACUGGACAAGCAUUCUCGUAAGCUGUGCUAACUACAACACCGGACAUCUCUGUGUUCUAAUAGGCACAGGUUCUAACAGGAAGCAGGGCCGUGGUUCUCUGUGGUAAAUGCAUUAGCGGUGAUGAGUAAAUUGGCCUUGGGUUAGGGCUUCUGCUGAUGUGUGGCAGGCAAUGCCAUGGCACUGGUCACGUCUGCAGGAGACUGAGAAGAAAUGUUGGACCUUUGCGGGCUGUCAGUACCACCUUGCAAGCCUCAUGCCAAAUUCACACACACCUCCACAUCCAACAUCUCCAUCACUCAUACACACACACACACACACUCAUACACACGCUUGCGUACAGUCAUAUAUAUAUAUAGAUGUGAGUGCCAGUCAGACGUGGAUGCCAUAAUCUCUCUCUACAGGGGCUCCUAGGCCGUAGAAGCUGAGCCCCCAAACCACCAGCACUUAAUCUGGGAGAGAGAUCACUAUGACUGAGUCAGUACAUGGAGGGUGGUGGCUUUUGCGUGUUUGGGACCAGGCCGAUGGUUUUCACAGGCACUGACCACACUUGUGUAGUCUUAAACAGUUGCCAUGGGCACGGGCAAUAUUAUGGCCAUCUUGAGACUUGAGGAUCAGUAUGUUUAUUAUAGAGCCGGCCGCUGAUUGACAACCAGACUGGCCAGUGACGUGUGCCAAUUACUGGAGAAGCACAGGCGGAAAUCCCGCCCACCGCAGCAGCCAAAACGAGAAAAAAAGGAAAGCUCCUCCAUGCAGAACCGAUGGCUGAGGGGUUGACGUUAAAGAACAAAAUGAACAUAUCUGAACAAUGAAAAGUUUAAACCAGCAUGCUUGUAAAAAAAAGAAAUGCUUUUAAAGGAAGUGUGUGAUUAGUUUGACAGCUCAAAUGUCAGCAUUUCAUAGAGCUGUAGAGUGACUGGACAAAGCUUAGCAGGUUGACUUAAUGAGUUCCCCGUCACUUCCCCCGAGCCUGGGGUGACGAUUACAGUUUUAAUCUUCACUGCUCAGACAGCCGCCUUUACAAACCCAGGAGAAAUGGGAGCCCCACAAAAAAGCUUAUUUACAAAAACAUAAAGUUUGAAAGAUCAUCAUCCUGUUUAUUUAUGUGUGGAUAUCAAUGUUACCACACACUGUGUGCACAUGCAUAUGCACAAACGACACAUAUACAAACACGCAUGUGUGUAUAUAGACACCGGUAUAUGCGUCUGUUUUGUGUGUUUCUAUAUGUGUUUAUGUACUGGUCUGGUGUACACUGGAAAGAUGAAAUGUUGCCACUCAAGUCAUUGUUUGCCCCAUCAUGAAUCUAACCAAUAAUAAACAUUUUAAGAGAAUGGA